AUGCAGUUUCUAAAUCUUCCCCAAGAAAUCACACAGCACAUUAUUGAGUUUGUCCCUGACGAUGACUUGGCAGCUCUCGAAGGUGUAUCCCGAGAACUAAAUAGGCUCACCAAUGAUCCCUUGCUGUGGCGAGGGCGGUGUCGCCGUUUUAAAUACUGGGAAAGCAGCUGGCACCAAUAUCCAACAGGCCCUAGCGGUCAAUAUCAAGCCUUACAAAGUUGGAAAAGGGUCUUCUUCCGAAGAAUAAAGCUUGAUCGAGAGGCUCGGAGACUGUUAGAGAAGAUCGUCAUUAGCCCAUCGAAACGCAUCAGAUAUACCGAGAAAAUAGCGGCUUACGGAUACGACGUGAAGGAUUAUCUCAUCAAGCAAUUGGAGACACCAGAGUCGGCAAAUGAUUGGUUGGCAAGGCGAUUCCACGCCAGCUCGACUCUAUCCUAUAUUCAUAGGCAGCGGGCCAUCCGCUGCUGGUCUACGUUAUUGACGACUCAUGAGGCAUCCCUAGAGAUUGCGAUAUCUAGUUUUGAUCUCUUUGUUAUAGACAACUUCGCCUUCGACAACGAACAAAUCCAAAACUUACUCACAGCUACGUGCGAUGAUAUUAUUCACUCACAGAGAGACUUUCCCGGCCGGUCUAUCCAGGAAAAGGCUAUCGGGAUCGUCAGCUACAUGCGAUCCCAAGGGUUUCUUGGGUGUCCCCAGGAAAAUUUUCACGACCUUGUAAAUUGCUUCAUUGGCGUUUCUAUGAGAACUACGAAAAGAACUCUGCCAAUAACAUCCUGCAGCAUCUUCUGCUCACUAGCAAAUCGACUCGGGUUAGAAGCUCGCCCUUGCGCAUACCCCUACCAUGUUUACGCACUCGUCCGCGAGACCGAAUCCUCACAUUUUUAUGUUAACCCCCACGACAGUGUAGACAUAGUACUCCAGCCAGAACUAGAAAGGAGGCUCGAGGAAAUUGGUGUCACUAUAACAUCAGAAACCAUUAGCAAGUACUUGCAUCCUGCGACGACAAAAGAAUUGGUUUUGCGAAAUGCCAGAAACAUUCUCAGAAAUACACCCCGCGCGCGGCGUCAACUCGUCGAUGACCAGCUAGAACUAAGUAUCAACAUAGAUGCUGCAGAAUACGCGGCUUUAUUUGCCAUUGCGCUGCUAUCAAACACAUGGACGACCCGUAUAUUGGAGCCGUUGUGCCGCUGCCUUCAGGAGUCCUUUCCCCUUGACGUUGGCCUGAUCGAAAAAUAUAUUGUGCCAUUAGCUAGCCCUAGUUCGCGACCAGCACGCCUCCUUCAAACAAUUUGCAUUGCUUUGCGGAACGAAGACGGGAUGCUCCGAAAACCAAAAUUGCGAUCUUUGGCAGAGAAUCGUGGGGUCCUUUUCCGCAUUGGCACUAUAUUCAAACAUAGAAGAUACAACUACCAGGCAGUUAUAACGGGGUGGACAAUCAACAUGGCGUACGAAGGCUUGGAUAUAGAGGAGGGUGAGCUCCAGAAGGGCCUGAUGCAACCUUUUUAUCGAGUUAUGGUAGACGACCUUUCCAUCCGAUACGUCGCGCAAGAAAAUAUCUUAGAACAGCACCCCGUGUCCGCAGGUCGACUGUGCAAUAUUCUGGCUGGAAAAUACUUUCAGCGGUUCAACUCCCAAGACGGCCGCUUCGUAUCUAACAUGAAAGAGGAGUAUCCAGACGACUGA